GGUGGGCGGCCGGGGAAGGGGGGCGCGGGGCGGGCGGGGCCGGCCUGGCCCUCGAACGGUCCGUCAGGGGCGAAGGAGGCGGCGGCGGCGAGCGGUGACUUUGGAUGGUUCCAGCUGGAGGACUUGGUCUAUAGCUAGGUCUUACCUCCCCACCCCACCCCACCCCACCCCACCUCCUCUCCUCCCCUCCCCUCCCCUCCCCCUCUUAAGGGUCCCCCUCCUGCACUCACUAAUGACUGCGUGGAUCGUCCUCCCCAUCAGCCUCUCUGCCUUCUCAAUCACUGGAAUAUGGAUUGUGUAAGAGCUGUUGUGAUUUGUGGCUGGGUCACGCAUGAAAGAUAUGCCAUGGCUGUAAUGAACCACCAUGUGUGCCCUGUUGAGAACUGGUCGUACAACGAGUCUUGUUCUGCUGAUUCUACCAAACCUGGCUACCCCAAAAGCUGCUGCACUUUGGAAGACGUCCCUUUGAUCAGUAAAUGUGGCACUUACCCUCCUGAGAGCUGCCUCUUCAGCCUUAUUGGGAACAUUGGGGCUUUCUGGGUGGCUGUUGUCUGCUUCCUGCGCUAUGGGCAGCUCCUGGAGCAGAGUCAGGCCUCCAGGGUGAACACGGCAGCCCUGGUCACAGGCUGCACCAACGCGGCUGGCCUCGUUGUGGUCGGAAACUUCCAGGUAGAUUACGCCAAGUCUCUUCACUACCUUGGGGCUGGAGUUGCCUUCCUGGCUGGCCUGCUUUUCGUCUGUCUCCAGUGCUUCCUCUCCUAUCGCAUUGCCCUCUCUGCCAUGGACCUCUGGGUGGCGCACCUGCGAGUUUUCCUUGCUACUCUGGCCUUCACCUCCCUUGUCUUCAGUGGCAUCUUCUUUAUCCACGAGAGCUUCCUUCUGCAGCACCUGGCCGCCAUCUGCGAAUGGGUCUUUGUCAUCGACAUCCUUGUUUUCUAUGGCACCUUCACCUACGAGUUUGGUGCUGUCUCCAAUGAGACCCUGGUGGCUGCCCUGCAGCACUCCAAUGGCAGAGGCUGCAAGUCGCCAGGCAGCAGCAGCACCUCCACCCACCUGAACUGCCACCCGGAGAGCAUUGCCAUGAUAUGAGGGUGGCGGGGGAGAGGGCACGCUCAUCCCACCCUCUGUUGCUGCAACAGGCUCUCUUUUCCCCAGAGGGGAACAGGGUAGCAGCUCCUUGUGAUUUUUAUACCAAGACUGCUUUUUAAAGAAUAUAUUGCUGCCCACUCUCCCCCAGCCAAUCUGAGAAAUGGUCCAUUUUCUAAAUGCACAAUGGGAGAUCUUCCAAGGAUCUCUUUACCUGGCCUUUGUGUAAGGCCAGCUUGUGGCGCUUUCUCUGCCAGAGCAUAAUCGCUUGCCACCUCUGGCCAGUUCCUCACAUAUUUGGGAUACCCAAGAACUGAAGCUCCUCUAGCAAAAAUUGCGCCUCACUGCCACCCAAUCUCCUUUCCUUUUGGGGGCAAGAGUUCCAUAAGCUGCAGAGGCAAGUUUAUAAUGGGGAAUGCCCCCUGCACUGGUGGAAAUACAUUCCUCCUUUUUCCAGGCCUUUUAAUAAAAUAAAUCUGGAGUGAUGUGGGAUAUGGAACUGGGCAAAGGGGAAAGAGAGAGCGCCUCCACCCACUAAACAUUUUCCUACACUCCUAAUAUACAGAGUUCCUUCAUCCCUUGGUAAAGUGGUUUGGUAUUUUUUAGAACUUUUUUAUAACUUUAUCUAUAUAAAAUAUGUAUAAAAAGAAUUAUCAGA